CGUCAUGGCUCUGUCGGUGCCCGGCUACUCGCCCAGCUUCAAAAGGCCGCCGGAGAUUGUGCGGCUCCGACGGAAAAGGUCCCGGAGCCACGGGGCCGCCGCCGAGCCCACCCCCGCGCUGCCCGAGCCGGCGCCUCGCCGUGCCGCUCUGGCGGCCGGGCUGCCCCUUCGCCCCUUCCCGACCGCGGCGGGCAGAAGCGGCAGCGCCCCGGCCGCGGCCCGGAGGAACCCGUUCGCUCGUCUGGACAACCGGCCGCGGGCCGCCGAGGAGUCCCUCGAGGAGCUGCCCCGCGGCCAGCAGGAAGCGCCGGGCCCGCUUUUAGACUCUAAUCAAGAAAAUCAUUUGCGAUGGGAAGAGGUGUUACAUGAACGAGCACCAGUCACUGACCUAUCCCAGACUGAACACAAACCAUUGACUGAAUCAGAGGCUCCAUCUUCAGAAAGUACUGAGUUACCUGUGGACUGGAGUAUUAAAACUCGACUCCUUUUCACCUCUUCUCAACCCUUUGCCUGGGCAGAUCACUUGAAAGCACAGGAAGAGGCUCAAGGUCUUGUCCAGCAUUGUAGGGCAAUUGAAGUUACUUUGCCUCAGAGCAUACAGGAUCCGAAACUCUCCACUGAACUACGUUGUGCCUUCCAACAGAGCCUUGUCUACUGGCUCCACCCUGUCUUUUCUUGGCUACCACUGUUCCCUCGUAUUGGAGCUGCUAAGAAGAUGACUGGAAAGACAAGCCCUUGGACAAAUGAUGAAAUGGUACAACAAGUUUUAAUGAGUGACUGGUCUGUGAGCUUUACUUCCCUGUAUAAUAUGCUGAAGACAAAACUUUGCCCUUAUUUCUAUGUCUGUACCUAUCAAUUUACGGUCCUAUUCCGAGCAGCAGGAUUAGCAGGAAGCGAUGCGCUCACAGCACUCUUGUCACCUACAACCAGAGGCCUACGAGAAGCUAUGAAAAAUGAAGGUGUUGAAUUUUCUCUGCCUUUAAUAGAAGAAAGUGUCCAGAAAAAAAAAGCACAUGAAACAAGCUUCGGAUAUGAGGAGGAACAAGCAAUCAGUGACGAGGAUGAAGAGGAAAGUUUGUCUUGGCUAGAAGAGAUGGGUGUGCAAGACAAAAUUAAAAAGCCAGGUAAAAUCUCUAUCAAACUACACAAAGAGAAACAUGAAGUACAAAUGGAUCACAGACCUGAGUCUGUUGUAUUGGUAAAAGGACCAAACACCUUCACAUUACUCAAUUUUUUGAUCAACUGCAAGAGUUUAGUUGCAACCUCAGGUUCACAGGCAGGACUACCACCAACCCUUUUAUCUCCUGUAGCUUUCCGAGGCGCCACAAUGCAAAUGCUUAAGGCACGAAGUGUUAAUGUAAAGACACAAUCUCUUUCUGGAUACAAAGAUCAGUUUAGUUUGGAGAUCACAGGACCAGUCAUGCCACAUGCUUUACAUUCUGUGACCACGUUACUCAGAUCUUCACAAAAAGGGUCAUUCUCUGCAGGGCUGUAUCCACAUGAACCAACUGCUGUAUUCAAUAUCUGCUUGCCAUUACAUAAAGAACUGGAUAAAGAAGUUGUUCAUAAGGACCUUGCUAACUGUGGGCUACACCCUAAGACUCUGGAACAGCUUAGGCAAAUACCACUACUGGGGAAAUCAUCUUUACGGAGUGUGGAGAUGAAUGACUACAUUUGUAAUUGGAGAUCCUGAACAGCAAAUACGAAAAAAUAUGCUCAAUAUAAAAUGAAUCAAGAUCAUUCUGGGCUGAAAAUGAAGCACAGCACUGAAGUACGUACUUAGCAUGUGCAAGACUCUAUGUGAGUCCCCAGCACCAAAUAAAUAGAUGUUUGAUAAAACUUUGAAGAAUCCUCAUUUUAUUUAAAAAACCUAUUUUCAGUAUUUCAAAUUAAGAUUGUAUGCUAAUAUAUUUAAAAAAUCUAACAGCAAUCCCCAACGCAUUAAUAUUCAAGAACCAGACCCAAUGUUACACAUAUUUAAUUAAGACAUGAGAUAGCACAACUACCCUUUAGUACAGCAGUGAAUGCUGCUGGGCACUUAAAAUUGGCAAAUGUUAUUAAGAAACUUUUCAGUGGAUAGUGACUACUACAUUGGAAAAUGGAAUUAGACUCUUAACCAUCCUUUAAUACCAUUCAGAAUCAAGAAAUGUGAAAAAGGCACCAAAAUAGCCCUUCUACACACUUAGAAAAGCAAAUUUGCUGAAGAGUACAUGAACCUAUUGACAUGUUUCUGUUUCUUUCCACUGAUAAGACUAGCUUUCUUCCUAAUAUAUAAAAAUGUACAGAAUAUUAAAAUGUGUAAAAUAGCUGGUAAUAUUUUAUCUAGGUACAUAAAGUAUCUGGAAUUGGUUUACAGUAGAGGCCCUAGUGUACCCAUUUUUGCAUAUGUUUGUGUGUGCAUUCUCUCUCUCUCUCUCUCUCUCUCUCUCUCUUGCGCGCGCGCCCACGCUUUCUUUGUGUGUCUCUGCUUGCAAAUAUUUUUUUAAAAUCAUAAAUCACUGUUUCCUGUUUCCCUUUUGUUAACUUACACAUAUAGAACAUGUAUAUUAAAACUUUUGUAAUAUAUAAGUGCAAGAAUGUAAAAGCUAAAAACAGGUUAAACAAGGAAGGAAAAAUUAUUUUCUACACAGGUAAUUGCACAUAUCUCAAAAGGCAUAAAAGAAAAUCUGGGUAAUAAAACAGUUAACCAAAAACAUCUGGCCUAGAAGUGUUUAUAAUACUUAGCAAAAAUGAAAACACACCAGUCAUAAAUAGCAGUCUCAAAAGGAAAAGUCACACUAAAUACAAAACAUCCUAUUCACUAUGUUUAGUUUCAAAAUGUGAACUGAGUCUUUUUACUAUACAAAAUACUGUAACAUAUCAUUAACCUAAGGAGAAAACACUUUACGUGGUUCAGAGAAAUUCAGUGUUAGUUCUUAGAAAAAUCUAGGGGAAAAAAAAGUUGUGCAUUAGACAAUCUAGCAGUUAUUUUAGAACCUAUUCUGUAAUUUCCAAUUAAAUUUCUUAUUCCAAACUUUCAUAAACCUCCCUACACUUCUUAAAUCUCAUAAAUUUUCCUAAGUUUUCAUAAACUCAGAGCUUCUCAAAUUUUAGUACACCAGAAUAUAAACAUGGUUCUAUAAGUCUAGCAUACUGCUUUUAACAUGUGACAGUAACUACAGUUGAGAGCCUAAAGUAUAUACAAUUGAUGUUAAAUGCACAAAAACUCCAGAUUAGUGGCCAUAAGUGGUUAUUACUCCAUUUAUACUUCUGCCAAAGGCUACCUUUAAACCUUCUAAUCAGUAAGCCUUUGCUAAGUUUAUUACCAGUAAUUAUUGUCUGAGGAUAUUUUUUUUAGGUAUUAAUUUCUGUACUUUGAUCUGGUGUCUCAGUUUCUGUAGUCACUCUUCCUGAGGCUGGUGACUGGUUUCUGACCAUGCUAUGGCAGGGCAAAUGCUAUGAUGAAUUGUUUUCCAUAAUAUGCAUUUAUGCAGAUUCUUCUGUUGUCUGUCCGCUCAUGUCAACAUGCACUCUCAAGCCAGACAAUUGAUGGAAUUAGGGAUUAUGGGAAAAUAAUUUGGCCCAUAUGAAUUUAAAAUCUGUGACUUUUGCUAAAAUGUUUUAUGGUUAUGAUUAAAGACCCACAAACUCCAUUUGUAUUUAUGAAAAUAAAAAAUUCUGGUCCACAUAA